AACAUUUCUGCAAUGUUUUGAUCGUGAAAUCGGAGCGAAAAUUUUAAUUUUUCUUGGAUAUUUCGCACAUUUUUCAUGCGAAAAAGGACAAAAUCAUGUCAAAACUGAACCGUGAGCAGAUUUUCAAUCAGGAUUUCGUCGGAUACAUCAAGGCCCACAAAUGUUUGUAUGACUGCCACUCGGCAGAAUAUCGCCAACGAGACCUCUACAACAAGGCAUGGGAGGACGUGAGCAAGAAAUGCGGCGAAUCUGUAGUCGCGUGUCGACGUCGAUGGCGAAAUUUGAAGACCGCGACAUGUCGUUACAUCAAACAGCUGCAAAAUUAUCGACAAGGCGACUCGUCGCAGGAGCACAAAGAGUACUAUUUGUACAACGACAUGAAAUUUGUCGUGCCUUUUCUCAAGAGUCGCCAGGACAACGACGAUUCCGACGAAAGUGCAACGCCCUUGGCGAAAAGGACGCCAGCGAGGAAAAAAAUUAAAGUUGAGAAACCGUCGAAGCCGCAAUAUCACGAAUAUGAGCUCGUUACUGCCGACGACACGGGAGAUUAUAUUUUGUCGCAGCCCCCGAUGAGUGACGACGAGCGAGAAAGUGUCAAUAUUAUCCAAAUUGAGCGAGAUCACGAUGACAGCGAGUCCGGAGAGGCGCCAACGAUUGUUCAAGUGCCGGCGGAAAAGGAUGAGAGCAAAACUUUCACGUUGGCGGAAUUGACGCAAGAAGUGACGCAGACACCAGUGAAAGAAUUGACGCCCGAUGAGCUGUUCCUCAAGUCGAUUUUGCCGGAUUUGUCGGCAAUGAGCACGGAACAGAAACGAAAGUUCAAAAUACGGACAUUGACACUCAUCGAUGAGCUUUUAAGUUGAUGAGAAAGAUGCGGGUUUUGAAUUUUUUGUAUUUUUUCUAACAUAAGGAUGUAUGUUUGUGUGAAAUUAAUUUAAUUUGAUUUACGGUGAAUAAAUGAAGGAUUUUUUUCUUGACACUUUUGUA